UCGGUGCGUCGCACAUGUGCGAGCCCAGCCGAGGGGGCGGCAGUGAGUCCUCCGGUACGCGGAGCGGGAGCCGAUCAGGCGGCCUAUGCUCGCGGGCCCUUGCCGCCGCCGUAUGCUCCGCGUGGCCUUGGCCUCGGCCGCCCCCUUGUGCUCUGAGCGCGGCGCCGGCCUCCCGGCCACGCGGCCCACGCGCUCGCAAGCUCUGGGUUCUCUUAAAUGUUUUCUUGGAGCCUCAAAGAUGGAAAUGACUGGCGUGUCCCUAAAACGUGGGUACCUUGUGGUCGAAGGUAACGACUGCAUGGGCCCAGCUGAGGAGAUAAAAAAACAAAAGGUCUCGGAAUGCUGUCUGCCCAAAGAUGGAGAUAGGCUAGACAGUGACUGUCUACCCACCAGUGAAACAGAGCCCAAGACACCAGAAGUCGUCAGUGCCGGGAAAGGUAAAAAGAAUUCCGGUGCCCAGCUAGAGGAAGAGGAAGAGGAAGAUGGUUUUUCAGAGGAAGGAGAGGAAGAGGAAGCAGAGAGCUUUGCAGAGAUGAUGAAGCAUGGACUCACUGAGCUUGAUGUGGGCAUCACCAAGUUUGUAAGUUCUCAUCAAGGAUUCUCAGGGAUCUUAAAAGAAAGAUACUCUGACUUCAUUGUUCAUGAAAUAGGAAAAGAUGGGCAGAUCAGCCAUCUGGAUGACUUGUCUGUUCCAGUGGAUGAGGAGGAUCCUUCAGAAGAUGUAUUUAUGGUUUUGACAACCGAAGAAAAACAGCAAUUGGAGGAACUCCAGCUUUUUAAAAAUAAAGAAACCAGUGUUGCCAUCGAGGUUAUUGAGGACACCAAAGAGAAAAGAACUAUCAUCCAUCAAGCCAUAAAAUCUUUGUUUCCUGGACUAGAGACAAAAACAGAGGACAGAGCAGGGAGGAAAUACAUCGUGGCCUACCAUGCAGCUGGGAAAAAGGCCUUGGCAAAUGCCAGAGCCAUCCGCAGUCUCCUUGUGGUGGGGGCAUCCAGCCUUCCCUAUCCAAGGAAACAUUCUUGGCCAAAAUCUAGGGGAAGUUACUGCCACUUUGUUCUGUAUAAGGAAAACAAAGAUACCAUGGAUGCUAUUAAUGUACUGUCUAAAUAUUUAAGAGUCAAGCCAAACAUAUUCUCCUAUAUGGGAACCAAAGAUAAAAGGGCUAUAACAGUUCAAGAGAUUGCUGUUCUCAAAAUAUCUGCACAAAGACUUGCUCACCUGAAUAAGUGCUUGAUGAACUUUAAGCUAGGAAAUUUCAGCUAUCAGAAAACCCCUCUGAAAUUGGGAGAGCUCCAAGGAAAUCACUUCACUGUAGUUCUCAGAAAUAUAACAGGAACUGAUGACCAAGUCCAACAAGCUAUGAACUCUCUCAAGGAGAUUGGAUUUAUUAACUACUAUGGAAUGCAAAGAUUUGGAACAACAGCUGUCCCUACAUACCAAGUCGGAAGAGCUAUUCUUCAGAAUUCCUGGACAGAAGUCAUGGAUUUAAUACUAAAACCCCGUUCUGGAGCUGAAAAAGGGUACUUGGUUAAAUGCAGGGAAGAAUGGGCGAAGACCAAAGACCCAACUGCUGCCCUCAAAAAACUGCCUGUCAAAAGGUGUGUGGAGGGGCAGCUGCUUCGAGGACUUUCAAAAUAUGGAAUGAAGAAUAUAGUCUCUGCAUUUGGCAUAAUACCAAGAAAUAAUCGCUUAAUGUAUAUCCAUAGCUAUCAAAGCUAUGUGUGGAAUAAUAUGGUAAGCAAGAGGAUAGAAGACUAUGGGCUGAAACCUGUCCCAGGGGACCUUGUUCUCAAAGGAGCCACAGCCACCUAUAUUGAGGAAGAAGAUAUUACUAAUUACUCCAUUCAUGAUGUGGUGAUGCCCUUGCCUGGUUUUGAUGUGAUCUACCCAAAGCAUAAGAUUAGUGAAGCCUACAGAGAAAUGCUGACCAUGGACAACCUUGAUAUUGACAAUAUGAGACACAAAAUUCGAGAUUAUUCUUUAUCAGGGGCCUACCGAAAGAUCAUUAUUCGUCCUCAGAAUGUCAGCUGGGAAGUGGUUGUAUAUGAUGACCCUAAAAUUCCACUUUUCAACACUGAUGUGGACAACCUAGAAGGGAAACCACCACCAGUAUUUGCUUCUGAAGGCAAAUACAGGGCUCUGAAAAUGGAUUUUUCACUUCCUCCUUCUACUUAUGCUACCAUGGCCAUCCGAGAAGUGCUAAAAAUGGAUACCAGCAUCAAGAACCAGACACAGCUGAACACAACCUGGCUCCGCUGAGGAGUGCUUGCUUUAUCUACAUGCAGACAAGUUUUUGCUUCCUCCUAAGGCAGAGCACUCAUAUUUGGAUUUUGAAUCUUUAUAGUAAAGGAUUAUUUGUAUUUUUUUUUAAGUUUUUAUUAGCUUAAGGAAAUAAUUUGCAAUGUUUGUACAUAUACACAAAUUUUGAGGAUCCUAAUUUUAGCUCAGAAAAUAUAAAUUGGUCAGAAUGUACUUUAGGUGCUUAAAUCAUAGUCAGAUAUAGUUUUAUGGGCUUUAUAAUAAAAAUGGACUUUAGUAUGAAAGUAUCAAAUAGCAGUUUUAGGUUGUGCUGCAUAUCUGAA